GUUUUUACAAAUUUGUAGUUAUUUGUUUUUAGCGAUAUCCGGAAGACUUGUUUACCACCAGCACCAUCAGGAAUAUGUGGAUGUGCGAGGCACCCCAUCUCUUGCUGGGGCUGCUGCUUCUCACGCUGGUGCUGCGUGUGCGGCCGCAGUUCAACUUAUUGCCGAAGCGCUGCGAAUAUCUGCAGGCUGAGACACAGCUAUUGGACCUAAAGUGCCGGGGCACAUUUCCGAUGGUGGCAUACACAAAGUUCCGGGACACCUUCAUAAUGCCAGGUGAACCAAUUUCUAUCUUCAUGCCGAAAUCUCCGGACCUGGUGAUGGCUGUGAUGAAGCAGUCGCCACUGCAGUCGUGCAGCAAGAUCCAUUUCGUGCAGGUCAAUCAGUAUGAGUGCAUCGAUUCGGAUGGCACAAACACCACCUUAAAGUUGACUAAUACGAGCAUGUAUUGCUUUCCAUUUCACAUCCAAAUCAUUGACGAUCUGACGAAUGCCUGCCUUGUCCAGAAUGGCGACGACGAUGAAACCGACCUGCUCACCCAGGUGCUGGCCACCAAACGCGGCGUCAUGCAGUACACCUUUGAGAUGAACAGGAGCACGAAAAUGCAGUCACUGGUGCUGCUCCGGGGAAUGUUCACUUUGUUUGCGCUACUGUGCAUCCGAAGCUGGCUGUAAUACCAAAAUCCUGGUACUGUAGAUGUCUCUUCAAUAAAGAUUCAACCGAA